UGGAGUGUAUGAGGUGUAACGGGGAGGACUACAACGGACCGAUGGAUCAUACAGAGACUGGGAAGGAGUGUCAGAGAUGGGAUUCAGCCAAGCCCCACAGACACCCCUACCAACCUAAAAAGUCAGUAAGGAAACCCAUAGCCUUAUGUGUUUAGUUAAUUUAUAGCACUGUAAGUUAUGGCUAACGUCACUUACUUUGAAGGGAAUUAUUGCUUUUUAUUACUUCAAAGUAAAUUGUUUGUGAUUUUUGGAUUAGCCCACUGCUGUUAGUUAGUCAACCUUAUUGUAUGCAGUGAAUGUGGUGUAGGUCUGUGGAUGAAAGCCUGUGCAAGUGACUACAAUGUUAAAAGGAAAUGAGUGAUUCCCCAUGAAAGCACAGACUAAGACCAACCGCACGUGCACUCCCCAUCAUGAUCACACACACACAAACACACACACACUCACAGACAAAACACACACACACACACACACACACACACACCACACAAACCUACACAAAACACUCCCUAUCCUAAUACACAGGAGAUGAAGAGACAUUUCACCACUAAUUUAGGUCCAAGUUUUAAUCAAAAGGGAGCAGAAAAGAGAGACGAGAGGAAGGAGGAAGGAAGGAAGGAAGGAAGGAAGGAAGGAAGGGAAGGAAGGAAGGAAGGAAGAGGAAGGAAGGGGGAAGAAGGGAAGGAAGGAAGGAAGGAAGGAAGGAAGGAGGAAGAAGGAAGGAAGGAAGGAAGGAAGGAGGAAGGAAGCGGAAUGACGGAGAGAGAGAGAGAGAGAGAGAGCGCGAGAACGAGAGAGAGAGAGAGAGAGAUGAGAGGAGAGAGUAGUAGAGAGAGAGAGAGCUUCCGAUUCUCUUAUAUCUAUACUUCAUAUCUCUAUCUUACUCUCUCAUAGUCUUAUCUUCUGCUCUCUAUUCUUUACCUAAUUAUAAUUUGUUCGGUCUUUCUUCACAGGUACCCUGAUAAAGGGCUGAAUGACAACUACUGCCGGAACCCGGACAACCGUCUGCAUCCGUGGUGUUACACCAUGGACCCACACACACCCUGGGAGUACUGCAACAUCAGUGUGUGUGGUGAGUGUGCUUUCCUACUGUGUUCUUCUCUAUCCCAAACAGGGAACACUGUCUGAUGAUACUGGUAUGACAUACCAACGCUGAGAACGUUACAUCAUCAGCCUGGUUUUGUGGUCUCAGUGUAGUGUACAAUUGUGCUGUGUUGUGUUGUGUUAUGUUGGGUUGGGUUGUGUUGUGUUCUGUUUAGUUGUGUUGGGUUGUGUUGGGUUGUGCUCUGUUCUGUGGUGUUGUCUUGUGUUCUGUUGGGUUGUGUUGUGUUCUGUGGUGUUGUCUUGUGUUCUGUUGGGUUGUGUUGGGUUGUGUUGGGUUGGGUUCUGUUGGGUUGUGUUGUGUUCUUUUGGGUUGUGUUCUGUUGGGUUGCGUUGUGUUCUGUGGUGUUGUCUUGUGUUCUGUUGUGUUGGGUUGUGUUCUGUUGGGUUGUGUUGUGUUGUGUUGGGUUGGGUUCUGUUGGGUUGUGUUGGGUUGGGUUGUGUGGUGUGGUGUUCUGUUGUGUUGUGUUGGGUUAUGUUUUGUUGGGUUGUGUCGAGGUCGAGGUGGAGCAUGAAGCACUGACAUAGUAAAGAAGAAUAGCGGAUGGUUCCCCUUUGUCCUGCACACAUACACACACACACACACACACCUCGUCCGGAUCCUCAUUAAUGCGACGUCACAGCUCCCUCUAUGAAAGAGGGGCACCCUGUCCCUCCCAAUACUUUACCAUUCUCUCAAACACAUUCCCCAUUCCCUUUGAAUAAACUAUAUAUGCCCAUACUACUUCACUAAACAAACCAUCAUCUCCCCAUUAGUCCUUCAUAGCAGUGGAAUAGAAAUCUAAUAGGAGACUCCCACCGAAUUCAACAGAACUCUUCAAUAUUUCUAUGUAUUUAUCUGUAUGGGGAUUCUACUGUGAUCAGAGGGGAAGAGAAGGGACAAUACUGAGUCUGUAGCGGGGCUUUCUAACUUUAUUUAACCAGGAAUGAGCCUUGAGGUUAGAAACCUAUUUUGCGAGGGCAAUCACUGUGAUUGAUGUGGUGGUUUUAGGGAGGGCUGGGCAGUGGCUUUGGGAGUACCCAAGUGUUUUUUGGUAGAGGGGCCACAAUGGUGGUUUGGGGGGAUAACGAGAUAAGUAUAGGAGCCCUCCAAAGGAGACAGGGAGAGGCUUUGUUUGGGAUAUUUAGUGUUUCAUGUGGUUCUAAGCUGAAAGCUAUUUACCUCAGAGUGAAGACAAGUAGCCUGUGUUUGUUGACUGCGGGGGAGGGAAAAUUUGACGGUUUAAUUUAGACCACUGAAAGACAACAAAGCACUAUGAAACUAUUUAUUAUGGGUCAAAUCCUAACUUCCACAUCAAUGCAUGACUAAGGAUGAGUUUACACAAGCAACCCAAUUCUGAUAUUUUUCCACUAAUUGGUAAUUUCACCAAUCAGAUCAGCUCCAUUUGCCAAUAAUGUAAUAAUUGGGGGGGGGGGGGGGGGGGGGGUUGAAGAGGAUAGAAACCACUUUUAGACAGUUUAAUAUUCUUCAUCCAAAGGGAUGUUGACCUUGAGCCAACGGCCCCGCCCGGCUGAGGACCAUGAUUUACAACCAGGGAGUAGAAAAUAAUUUGUCCAGAUGGAUUCUGCACUGCCUAACCUGUAGAUAAACCAGGUGACCCGACGUUAGAUGCCGGCAUGCAUUACAUCAAGCAAAAAGAACAUCCUCCUUCUUUUCUUUCUCCCUCUCCAAACAUUCCCUUCCUCCUCUUUUGGUCUGUCCGCGGCUCGUUUAUCAAACGGUAUAGAAACACAAAUCCCACAAAUCCGGAGGGGUUGCAGAAAUUCCGACAAAUCCGUCCCUGUACACUGUAACAUGAAAAAGAGAUGUUUGGGAUAGUUUUUUUGGAGGCCGGAGGGCCAGGAAGCCUUGUUAAGCGGGCUGAAUGCAGGGUUGUUUGGCUUGGCGGUGAGCACCACAUCAGGCCUUCGUUAUAGUAACCCACCCUUACGGUCACACAUGUAAGAGGCCAAGCUACCCAAGCUAUAUGGAUCUAGCUAGGCUCAACCCACACAUGCAUGUUCCUCCUGCCAAAAACUGAUAUGGGACACUGUACACCAUGAAUGAGGCCAGGACAGUAUAGGAUAGAGGGGAUUCGCAAAUGCUAGAUAGUAGAUAUUCCCCUUUUGUAGCCUUUUGUAGAUCUAUGAGCACUAUGUUUGAAAAGGACUUAAGUAUUUUAGUACUUAACUAAAUAAAGAUACUAGAUACACAAACUAAACUCAUCUAAACUCCCCCAAAAAUCUGUCGGAUAUCAGAUACUCAAAUUUUUAUACCCACUUUUUCCUGACCCUCAGAUAUAGGAUACCCAAUACCCUAUAACCUACCCUGGCUGUCCAGUCUGUUUGUGCAAUUAGCCUACUACUCUCUGUGUUCGUUCAUUAAAUGGCAUGAUAAAAAUAGAAGAGUUGGCUAAAACCCAUUCCCACUAGUCUCAAACUGUAAGUCUGAGGUCUGUUGUAGUGUUCGUUUCGCUAUGUCUCGUGGUUUUGGAUAAAUAGAGAGAUUAUUGACCAUACAGUACUACAGAUAUAGGAUGUUAAUUUGAUCACUCUUAUGUUGCUGAGAAUUUUCCUGCACUUCAGAAAAUGCAGAGGUUCGUGAUUUACAUAAAUUCACUGAAAAUACGCACACGGUAUAUUAACAGUAUUGCACUUUUCAUGUAGUUUACUUUUAUCCAGCUAAUAGCCUAACCACCGAUCAAGCGACAUUAUGGACUAAACAGGACUUUUGCUUCAACAAUGCUGGUCAAAUUAAGAUCAUACUAUUGUACUGACUGUUUACGAUAAUUUGUCUCUAGGCUAAACAUGACCCAUUCUCUGAGAUGAAUUUUCUUUUCUCCGAUCACUCUCAGUGUUUCCUCACGAAUAACAAAUUGAGAGGUAUGUAGCGGAAGUAAAAAAGAAAGAGAAAGAGAAAAAGACAGAGAAGAUAGUAUUAUUUUUUUUAAUUUUUUUCCCCCUUCAAAUUGGGCCCCCAAACCCCAAAACCCCCGGGUUGAUUUGUUUCUUCCCAAACCUUUUGUUUUUUAAUAAAGGUAUAAAAAUAAAAAAAGGGGGUUGGUUAAAAAACCCUUUUAAGUUCAAAUUUCUGAUUUGAGUGGUUUUUUUUUUGGUAAAAAAAAGUUAUUCCCAUAAUCACAAAAAGGUUUUUAAAUUUAUUUUGUUUAGUUUUCCCGUUUCAAAAAAAGGGGUUUCGGAUUUUUAAAAAGGGGAAAAAAAAGGUUAAAAAUUUGAUUUUCAGUUUUUUUUUCAGUAAACCAAAAACCCUUUUAAAAUUUUUUCCCCCCCCCCUUUUCCCCCUUUUUUUUUUUUUUUUUUUUUCCCCCCCCCCUUUUUUUUUUUUUGGGGGGGCCCCCCCCCCCCCCCCCCCCCCCCAAAAAAAAAAAAAAAAAAAAAAAAGGGGGGGGGGGGGGGGGGGGGGGGAAAAAAACCAUUCUCUGUCUCGUUUUUCACCCUCUCAAUCCCCUUUACAUUAUUUCUUUCUCUCUAUCCAUCUCCCCUCAUCUUAUCUAUUGCUCAUCUCUCAUCCUAAAUCCUCUGUUUCUCUCUCUUACUCUCUGUCUCUCCUCUUGUCCCUGUACCCACCCCCAUCUCUCUGUUUUUAUCCCUCUCUCUCUCACCUUCCCUCUUCUCCUCCCACUCUCCGUCUCAGAACCAGGUAAUGACUCUGAUGUGGACGCUACAUCGUCAUGUUUCAGGGAGCAGGGACAGAGUUACCGCGGUAAUGUGAGCGUCACGCCGUCGGGCGUCACAUGUCAACGCUGGGACUCCCAGUUCCCCCAUAACCACUCCUACAGCCCGCAGAACUACAAGUGCAAGUGAGUGAUGAUGUCAUUCAAUACCCACAUGGGUUUUCUUUUGUUUCUGUCACUGGUACGAGAAAUAUAGGGAAUAAACACAUACAGUCAUAUUAUUGCGUAUGUCCACUUGGGAAGCAGCUAUUUAACCAGUGUGUACAUAUCUCUCUCUUGCUACCAUCACAGAGAUCUGAGAGAGAAACUACUGUCGGAACCCAGAUGGUGCAGAGAUCCCAUGGUGCUUCACUACAGAUCCUAACCAGAGACUAGCCUUCUGCACCAAUAUACCCCGGUGUGAGACAGAGAGCAUCGACACAGAAGGUGAGACACAGUUUCCUUUUCCAGUUGACAUGCUCUUCUAACCUGGCACCCAACGACUUUUAUGUAAGGACUAUUGUGUUGAUUCUACUGAGACAUAACACCGCACAGCACACUGGCCCCCAUACACUACAUGAGAAUCACAAUCACCUUUAUUCGCCUAGUACAUUUGCCCGGAAUUAGAUUUUAUGUUAUGGUACUCCCACAGUAAACAGAGUAAAUAGACAGAAUAAUGUACAUGAAGAAUAAUAUGAAUUUACAAAAAUCCACAUGCAGUAUGUUCACUUUAAACAGCAAAAAAAGUAUAAUUUUGCAUGGUACAGAUGUUUAAACAAUAUACUGUAUGCUAUAUGAAUGACUACAUAUGUGGUGUAAUCGGGUGUAUUGCUGUUACAUACUGUAUUUGCAAUUGAACUCAAAACUAUAUUGUGAAUGCACUGUGAUCGCUGGUGUGGAUUUGGGUUUGGGUUUGGGUGCAAAUUCCUUUUCAUCAAAUUACAAAAAGAAACAAAAAAUCGUCAGCCAGCAAUUCAACCUUCGCUGGAAUUCUCUCUCUCUCAUAUGUUUCUAUGCUUUGCAUUUCAAAAGACCACACAUUUCUGGAGGAGAGAGAGUGUUUUGGUCACUACAGGUACCUCUCUGGUUCUACUUAACAACAGCCGAAAUGGGGGAGAAAUCUUCCUUGCUUUCUUAUUGCAUUUGGGAACCACCAAUUAUAGAGUGGCCCAACAUGUUACAUUGAUCCAAACCACAAAUCAAGCCCAGUUUCAAUGUGCCUAUUUUACGACAGCAUCAAUAUCAGAAUGUUUUCUCUCAGUGGACCUACAGUCGUGGUCAAAAGUUUUGAGAAUGACACAAGUAUUGGUCUUCACAAAGUUUGCUACUUCAGUGUUUUUAGAUAUUUUUUGUCAGAUGUUACUAUGGUAUACUGAAGUAUAAUUACAAGCAUUCCAUUUGUGUCAUUCUCAAAACUUUUGACCAUGACUGUACACCAAAAAAAAGUAUUGAUUCAAUGUACAAUUUUAAGGCAACCAGCUGCAAUAGGAUUGUGAGUUUUGCUCAACAACUAACUAUCCUAUUGCAGCUGGUUGCCUUAAAAUUUAUGUUGAAUCAACAUCUUUUGUUCUACAUUGUGGGUAUAGCUGUGUGCGUGCAUGCAUGUCUAUGAGAGAGAGCGAGAGAGACUGAAGAUGGUAAUAUCAAUAAGCCAUAUUUAGGGUCAGUUUUAGACUAUUCAGGGUUUUAUUUUCUCCUUCUCUCUAUCUCUCUCUGUCCCAGAUUGUUAUGAGGACAAUGGAGGGAAUUACACAGGCAAUUUAUCCAAGACCAGAUCAGGAAUUCCCUGCGCACUGUGGGAAAAUCAUAGCAACAGGUACAGUAAACCUCAUACGUCACACACACUUACCAGCCACACAAAACUGGAACUCACCCCUCAAUCCAUAAUCACAUGAGAAAAAGUAAAACUAUGGCUUCAAGCAAUUUAUGGGAAAGUUUCUUUAACAUUUAAAAAAAAUGUUCUGGCUUUUUCGAUUAACUGUUUAUUGAUGAGGUAUUUCCCGUCGCUUAGUGAAAAUCCCCUUGUAAAUGAACAAAGCUAAGCCGUGAAAACAAACAACGAGAGGAAAUCAGGGGCCCCACCCGGGUCAGUCCUAGGCCUGCUAUUAUUUGUCUAGCUGACAGAGAGGAAGCCUUACAGUACUUCCAGAACAAGCCACCCUGGAGGGGCGCCUAGUCUCUCCACGUCCGUGUGCCCCCAUGCAAAAGUACCGUAGCUAACGUUGGACCUGGCUGCUAGAAUUACUUAAUUUAAAGGAAUUUUAAAAGCCAAAAUGGCAGCGACAGAUGGACAUGUGCCAGAGCUGACCCGUGACCCCAGGAAGUGCUUUCUCGGCCCAGCAGAUCAAAGCCAAUCAGCUUCCCUCAUGUGGCCCGCAGCCAGCGAGUCUGCCCCUCGCACAAGGUCAAGGGGUCAGCACAGAAAAACGGCGAAAAGGUUAUGGCUUGUUUAACAUUGGCAGGGGAAGUUAAAUUAUCUUCACACUGGCUGACAAAUCGGUUGCCCCCUCUCCUCACAUUUUGUUUUUCUGAGGGUACCAGUCAAUCCUGACCCAAGCCCUCCAACAAAUUGGAUCAUAUCUAAAGAUAUUCCAAUUAUUUUGAAUGUAUGAAACUGAUGGAUUGGAAUUGCUGUUUCAACAAGACUACUGAAGGCAUCUGUUUAGGCUCGGUUUAGUCUAUGUGCAGUGAAGUAUACGACCAGAUCUUGAGUCCACGUUUACAGUGUUCGAACUGUAUCUUUGAGUUGAGUCUGUAGCUUCUUCUUUGUCUGAACCGUGGUGAAUACUGGGAGUGCAUACUUUCAUAUUCCCCAGAGCACUCUUCACAAAACUCUGCUUUGCUUCCUUGUAAGGCCUCUGCAUAGCUGGAACUCUGGGGAUUCACUGCCCCUAUAGUAAAAGCUGAGUCAAAGUUUCCAACCUGAACAAAGUUAGGGUGUCAGACUUUUCUGUGUGUAUGUAUGUGUGUGUGCGCGUUGGCCUCUUUACUGUAUGUGUGUGUGUAUGUGUGUGUGUGUGUGUGUGUGUGUGUGUGUGUGUGUGUGUGUGCGCCUUUGUACAGUAUAUGUGUAUCUACAGUAUGUGUCUUUGUGUGUAUGUGCUUAUGCAUGUGUCCUCAUAUAUGUUGUGUUUUCCAGUGGAGAAUCCAGUGUGGGUCUGGAGAGGAACUUGUGCAGGAAUCCAGACAAGGAUAAGCACGGCCCCUGGUGUCACACUACAGACUCCUCCAUCCCAUGGGAUUACUGCAAGCUCAAACGCUGUAAGAAUUCAAAAAAAACUGUCUUCAUCCAAUCUUUGUCUCAUCCCCUAUACACCCUACAUCUACCCUACAUCUACCCUACAUCUACCCUACAUCUACCCUACAUCUACCCUACAUCUACCCUACAUCUACCCUACAUCUACCCUAAAUCUACCCUACAUCUACCCUACAUCUACCCUACAUCUACCCUACAUCUCAAGUAAUCGAUAACGGAAAUGGUUGAGUCAGCCAUAAUCGUGUGGUGAGUAAUCUCGUAUGAGACCUGAAGACUUGUGUUAGCUCCCUGAGCUAGUGCCUAGGCUUUAGCUCAGACAGUUAACAUAGUCUUGUCGUGCACAGAAGACCUGAGUUCCGACCCAGUAGGUCUCAUCAGCGGCCCAAUCAUCAGAUGAUGCCUCAUCUUCAAUUACAUUUAGCUUUACUGAAUGUCAUUGUAUAAAAGUACAGUGAAAAUUAUUGAGUCUAGCAACACUCAUAGCUCUCAUAGUGUUGUUCAAUCAAUCUUAUGGGACAUCAACAACACAGCAAUGAGCUUAGUUCCAUGAGUAAUACAGUUAUCGCUUUGUUUGUGAUGUUUCCGUUGACAUGAUUAUUGCACAUUUGUAAUACUACAAUGAAUGAUGUAGUUUAACGACAUAUCCAACAUCAGCGUUUGCUGAAAUUUGCUGCAAAGCUUCACUCACUCACAUCACUUGUUACAGUUAUGUUAUGACUUAGUGCAGUGGCUUCGCUUAGCUAACUGGCACAGAAUGUGACACGCUCAAACUCCAAACAGAUGUCGAAUCUCAUCCAGACUGAUUUUAUUAUUUGCAUUCAGUUAUUCAGAGUUUAGUGAUUUGUUUUUGUUGUACCCUGUAUCAUCUUAGGCGGACUGUAAUAGGUUCACAUUGAUGGGGAGCUCUUUCUAGUGUCCUUGCGGUUAUAUCUUUUGAAGUUUUUGGGAGCUCGGCAGGAGGAAAUGUAUUUGCUGUAGGUUCAAUUCAAUAUGGCCGCCCAACUGAAAUGCAGAUAGAUGCAGAGAUAAGUUGAGCUAGGACGAAAUGGUAGGAAUAGUUUUGUAGAGGGGAGUUGAGGUUGAGGUUGCAUGCUUUGUAUGUUAAUGUUGAGUGGGUUCAUGUGAAAUAUAAUGUCUUUGUGAGGUCCGUGUGUUGAAUUGUUGAAUUGUUUUGCUUCAGGUGAUAAGUCUCCAAACAUCUCUGCCCACCCAAGAAGUGAGUGUCGUAUUAAUUUUGCAUUUUCUUGCAUACUAUUCACCUUACUAUUUAUUUAUCUUUCUCUCUCUCUCACUCUCUCUUUCUUUCUCUCUUUCGCUCUCGCUCCCUCUUUCUCUCUAUCUCCCUCCCCUUUCCUCUCUCUCUGUCUUUAUCCCUCUGUUCCUAACUUUCUCUUAUAGCUGUACAGUUUAUUUAUUACCUGAGUUCAUGCUUGGCUGGAUAACUGAUCACUCCCGCUGCCAUUCAAUAUAAUUAAACCUGGACCAAGCAUACUCUCUUCAUUAGUAAUGAUAGCAAGUUAAACUAUUUCCCCAGAGUCUAACCCAGAUGAGUUGUCUUUUUUCUUACCCCAAGGCAUCUCUCUCGUGUCCAAGCCAUCCUGCUUCAUCCACAAGACCACCCGGAUCGUUGGAGGAGCCCAGGUCCACAAGGCUAAAGAUGGUAGCUGGGUUGUCAGCAUCCAGAAAGGGUAAGUAUCUGCACAGGAACAUCACUACUGAAUGUGUGACUGACCUGGGUUUGAACCUAGGUCUCUUGUGCUGGACAGUGUUAGCCAACUGAGCUAAAAGGCAUUUGCGAUGGGAGCUAACAUAAGUCUUAGGUUAGCCAGCUGAGCUGAAGUCUAGGCAUUGAGGUCUCAGGCCAAGUGACUCAUCACAUAAGCAUGAUACUCCUACUUUGAGUCUUCUGUCAGUUGCAAGGCAAACAAGUGCUCCCACUAUAUCAUUUUAUGCUAAACACUUUUCAGCAAAGUGCCAUUUUGUUAUUGCUCUGAAGAUGAAGUCCUUAAAGUGUAUUCGUUUUGGCAGCCCUAUGUUUGUGCUAGAACACAGCUGUACACUCUUAGAAAAAAGGGUUCCAAAAGGGUUCUUCAGCUGUCCCCAUAGGAGCACCCUUUUUGGUUCCAGGUAGAACCCUUUUUGGUUCCAGGUACAUCCCCUUUGGGUUCUACCUGGAACCAAAGGGUUAUACCUGGAACCAAAAGGGUUCUACCUGGAACCAAAAAGAUGGCACCUUUUUUUCUAAGAGUGUACUGAACUUUGUUGUAUAAAAGUCUUAACAUUACCAUGUGUUUUAUGUGGUGUAUCUAUGAAAAAAGUAUGAAAAAGUAUGAAAAACAAACAAAAAAAUGGUUUUCUGAUAGGCUGAGCUGAGGUCACGCAAACUCACAUUCAAAGUCAAACGCGGCAUCAGCAAAGAGACCUGCUCCAACUCUGUCAUCAGCUAGACCAGGGUUUCCCAAACUCGGUCCUGGGGCCCCCCCUAGCACUACACAACUGAUUCAAAUAACCAACUCAUCAUGAAGCUGUGAUUAUUUGAACCAGCUGUGCAAAAACCAAAACGUGCCCCAGGAUCGAGUUUGGGAAACCAUGAGGUAGACAGCCAAGAUCAUGGAUUGUAAAAAACGAAAAUGGUGCCUGUAAACGUAGCAAGAACACAUUCUACAUUGUCACCUCACUCAUUUGGUCAAACAGUUAAGUGCAUUACAUUAUCCUCAUGAUUCCUGUAAUGAAAGUGUCUGCCCUGUGCCUGUUUUGCUGUGAUGAGCGAGCCACUCUCCUCUCCCCCAUGCGCUGGAGAGAAAAAUGUGUUCUGAUCAUAUAACAUUUAAAAAUGCAAUUGCAGAAAAAAAACACAGCUUUAGAAGCUUUGUCCCUUUGUCCCUGUCGAAGAGAGGAGGGUCUCAGCUUUCUGGAGUUAUCAAUUUUAUUUCUCAACUCUCUAUUCAGCUUAAUAGCAACAAUUCUACAACCAAGAUAUGAUAUGGCUUUAAGAUAUGGAGCGGCAUGCGUGAAAUGCACACUGGCCAUUCUGAGGGCAUAGGCCUAUAGGUCUCAUAGGUAGUAGCCUACAAUUGCAAAGUUUUAUUAGGACACUAAAUUUACUGUUGGAUGAAUACAUAGCUACUAGCAAUGGGUAUUAUAUUUAGAGUUAGCAAUCUAGUUAAUGUCCUUUGAGUUUCCACUUCCUCAGAUGUUGAACCCCAACUUAAUUAGCAUAUUAUAUUAGUUAGUGCACAUAAAUACACUCUUAGUUCCAGGUAGAACCAUUUUGGGUUCCAUGUAGCACCCUCUGUGGAAAGGGUUCUACAUGGAACCGAAAAAGGUUCUACCUGGAACCAAAAAGGGUUUUUCAAAGGGUUCUCCUAUGGGGACAGCCAAAUAACCCUUUUAGGUUCUAGAAAGCACCUUUUUUUCUAAGUGUAUGUAAUUCAUCUCUAUUGAAACAAUUUAAUCAGGAAACUCUGGAGUCCUAUUUCGACAGUAAAAUAUAGCAACUAUAGUCUAAUUGUCAACCCAAAAUUCAUGUCAGUCACUGGAUUAGGUUACACAUCAAAAUAUCAUGAGUCAUGCAUUUCUGCUUGGGACAUGUUAAAUGAAACAACUUAUUUUUUGAAUACCGCAGUAGUCUAUUUAUUACACUUGUUAAUAAAGCACUAUAAAUGACUUCAUAAGAUGAUUACUGAUCAUCUCAUGGGCUGACACAAGGGGAAAAUGUUAGUUUGGUGCUCUUUAGUAAUUAACACUUAUGGUAGGUUUUGAUUCAGGGGAACACAUAUGACAGGCACUAAUUUCCAAAAUAGCCUAAGUCGUUAGCUUUUCUUUUAUAACUUAUGAGGCUUAAGCAGACAGACAGACAGACAGACAGACAGACAGACAGACAGACAGACAGACAGACAGACAGACAGACAGACAGACAGACAGACAGACAGACAGACAGACAGACAGACAGACAGACAGACAGAAAACAAGAAGAAGCACACACUGACAGCAGAGAAGAUGCUGAGACAGAUAGACAGCACAACAGGGAGGGUAACCAAAUGGCUGGAGCAGAGGCACAGUUAUAGUGGUGUGUUGUAUCUCCAGACAGAGGAACAGUUAUAGUGGUGAGCUGUAUCUCCAGACAGAGGAACAGUUAUAGUGGUGUGUUGUAUCUCCAGACAGAGGAACAGUUAUAGUGGUGAGCUGUAUCUCCAGACAGAGGAACAGUUUAUAGUGGUUGUGUUGUAUCUCCAGACAGAGGAAACAGUUUGUUGUAUCUCCAGACAGAGGAACAGUUAUAGUGGUGUGUUGUAUCUCCAGACAGAGGAACAGUUAUAGUGAUGAGCUGUAUCUCCAGACAGAGGAACAGUUAUAGUGGUGUGUUGUAUCUCCAGACAGAGGAACAGUUAUAGUGGUGUGUUGUAUCUCCAGACAGAGGAACAGUUAUAGUGGUGAGCUGUAUCUCCAGACAGAGGAACAGUUAUAGUGAUGAGCUGUAUCUCCAGACAGAGGAACAGUUAUAGUGAUGAGUUGUAUCUCCAGACAGAGGAACAGUUAUAGUGGUGUGUUGUAUCUCCAGACAGAGGAACAGUUAUAGUGAUGAGCUGUAUCUCCAGACAGAGGAACAGUUAUAGUGGUGUGUUGUAUCUCCAGACAGAGGAACAGUUAUAGUGGUGAGCUGUAUCUCCAGACAGAGGAACAGUUAUAGUGGUGUGUUGUAUCUCCAGACAGAGGAACAGUUAUAGUGGUGAGCUGUAUCUCCAGUGGUGUUUUUACAUAUGUGUCAGCACUACUGCCUGUGUCUAAGUAGGGUGUGUAGGGUCAGGGUGUAGGGUGUAUGUGUGGGGAUGUGGUGUGUGUGCAAGGCUGGGCUGAGUUGGUGGUGUGCGCAGUGAUGUGGGCUGGUGUGGAUAAAAUGCCAGAGCUGAAUUCUUGUCCCAGUCCGGCCCUGGACCAGUCGAUCGCGAUCAACCGUUUGGUGAUCUCUGCUCUGUGUGUAUGCCAACUUUUCUAUUAUUGAAGCAGGAUAACGAUCGAUCUACUCCUUACAAGUUUCGUCCCACAUGGCAUCCUAUUUGCACUACUUUUGACCAGAGCUCUUGGGCCCUGGUCAAAAGCAGUGCACUAAAUACGGAAUAUGGUGUCAUUUGAGACACAUCCACACUCAUUAUGAAACAAUGUCCAGACAUUGAGGUAGACCGCAAGGUUUGACUGUAUGACUUGACAUGGAUGGAAGAAGGCAACAGGUAUCCUAGUGGUUAGAAUGUUGGGCUGGUAACCGAAAGGUUGCUGGUUCAAAUACCUGAGCUGUCAAUGUGAAAAGUCUGUUGAUGUGUCAUUGAGCAAGGCACCUAAACCCACAUUUUCUCUAGGGUGCUUUACUACUAUAGCUGACCCUGUAAAACAACACAUUUCACUGCACCUGUGUGACAAUAAAACACCUUUAUUUUUUAUUAAGAGUAGGCUACAGUACAAACAGCAUCCAUAGAGUAUAGGACUAAGCCUAUCAUGGUGUCCUGUGUUUCCCUACCCAGGAACACUCACUGGUGCGGUGGCUCGCUGAUCCGAGAGGAAUGGGUGCUGACGGAUCAACAGUGCUUCUCCUCCUGGUAAUCUCUCCAUCCAUCUUUAUCUCACAUUAUUUUUUCCCUCGUUCAAAGCAGAGGUGAGAGACAGUAGGAGGCAUAGGGAGAAGAAGAGGUGUAAAGAGGAGAGCAAGGGUUGAAUGGAAACAGAGUUCAAACAAAGACCCUGGUCAGCCUCCCGAGUGGCGCAGCGGUCUAAGUCACUGCAUCGCAGUGUUGCGGCGUCACUAACAACAGCCUGGGGUUCAAUCCCAGGCUGUGUCAUUACCGGCCGUGACCAGAGUCCCAUAGGGUGGUGCACAAUUGGCCCAACGUCGUCUGGGUUAGGGGAGAGUUUGGCCGGGGGGGCUUUACUUGGCUCAUCGCACUCUAGCGACUCCUUGUGGCGGGCCGGGCGACCUGCAGGCUGACUCGGUCGUCAGUUGAACAGUGUUUCCUCCGACACAUUGGUGCAGCUGGCUUCUGGGUUAAGUGAGCGGGUGUUAAGAAAUGCGGCUUGGCGGGUCAUGUUUCGGAGGACGCAUGACUCGACCUUCGCCUCUCCCAAGCCCGUUGGGGAGUUGCAGCGAUGAGACAAGAUCGUAAUAUCAUGAAAUUGGGGAGAAAAAAAAAAAGAAAUUACUUGGGGUGUCUAUAUAAUACGCUCUCUCUGCUUCUCUAUCAGUUUCUUAUUCUUCCUCCUACUCUGCCUCCGUCUUUUCCUCUCCCUACUACUCUCUCCAUCCCCCUGUCGGUCUCUAUCUCCCUCUGUCUCCCUCAAUCUGACUCUCUCUAUCUCCCUCUAUCUCCCUCUAUCUGACUAUCUUUCUAUCUCUCUCUAUCUCUCUAUCUCUCUAUCUCUCUCUAUCUGACUAUCUCUCUAUAUCUCUAUCUCCCUCUAUCUGUCUCUCUCUUUCUCCCUCUAUCUGACUAUCUCUAUAUCUCUAUCUAUCUCUAUCUCUCUAUAUCUCUCUAUCUGACUAUCUCUCUAUAUCUCUAUCUCCCUCUAUCUGUCUCUCUCUUUCUCCCUCUAUCUGACUAUCUCCCACCCACCCUCCCUCCCUACCCCUCUCUCUUCCCAUCUCCCUCCUUCUCUCUCUCCCCCUUCCUCUCCCUCUCUCCCUCUUCCCAUCUUCUCUUUUCCCCAUUCACAUUCUAAGUGAAGAUGCAGCCUGCCCAUAUCCUGUUUAUGAUAGGGCUAGUGACAGCCCCUCUGCCCCAGCAGAGCUGAGAUAUGGCCCAGGAUGCUCCAGCCUCUACAGAUCUGUUUAGCUUCUGGGCCCGUACCAUGUCACUGUGUCCAGAUCUGCAAUAGCAGUUUGAAAGAAAAGCUCCUUGACCUAUGUAGUGUGUUAAUGUAUGUAUGGGCUUUAGAUUAUGGUUUUGCUUUUGACCCAGUUUUUCAAUAGAUUUUUGUUCGUUUUUGGUGCUAUAGUACACCAGAAAUAUGAGGUUGGGCCAGGAGUUUUUUUUGUCAGUCAGACAGGCAGUCAGUCAGUCAGGAAAAUGUUGAGCCCUAGUAAUAGGCUAUAACAAAGAAUUGGCAAGUAAUAAUAAUAAUAAUAAAAACAUGUAAUUUGUAGAGUGCUUUUCAAGGACCCAAAGACGCUUUACAAAGUAACAGUGUCUGUGGUAAAUAAUAUUAUGGUCAGGAAAACUCCUGUGCCUUGUGAUGACACACUGUAAUAAGAGGGUCAUUUAGAAGAAGCUUUUAUCAGUGAACUUACAAUUACUUCAUAGUUGUUUGAGAGACAUUUUGGCAACAAAUCAAACCAGGCCUCAUCCACAGAUAACAAAAAAGGCUUAAGCGCAGAAGUUCAACUUUAAGAUUAGUCUGUCAAUCAGAUAAGACCUGGACUGUUUCCUCCCCAUCUAGACUGUGUAAAACUCCUAAUGCAUUCUUAUCGUUCAUGCUUGGUAUUCUAGUAGUGAGUGGUUUAGCUGUACUCCUCAUGCCGACAUUACAGAACCUUGCUUCCAUCAAGACUGUGGUCAUUGGCAUCAGCAUUAGUCCAGUAGCUUGUUGCUGACUAUGCGAUGUGCUGUAUGUGGGUCAUUUAACACAGUUAGUUGAGGAGCCAGAUUUAGUGAGUGUGUAAAGUGUAUGCUGAGGUUUUCUGUAGUCUAUUGUCGGUUUAGUGAUGCUGGUAGCUGUGGUCAAGUAUGUGGCCAAUGAUAAGUGUUAUGUUAAGUGUUGUUCAUACAGAGAAUAGAAUAGAAUACUGCAAUACUGUAUUUUACUGUAUUGUAUUAUAUUAUUAUUAUUAUUAUUAUAUAUUAUAGUGUUUACACAAGCUGUGGCUAAUCUUUUCUUAUGUAUAAUGUUCAGCUUAUACUGCUUAUACCAUGUUCAGGUUACACUGACUGGUCAAUGUGUGGUCAACCCUAUAUGUAAUGUUUCUGACAGUAGUCUCUGUGGUCCUCAGUGUUCCAGACCUGAGUGAGUACAGUGUACAGGUGGGCCUCCUUCACCUCAACUCAUCCUCAGACCAUCCCAGGCUCCGCAUCGCACACGUGGUCUGUGGCCCAGAGGGAUCCAACCUGGCCCUGCUCAAACUGGCCAAGUAAGAACAGCAUUCAUUCAUUCAGUGAGUCAGUCAGUCAGCCAUUUUACUUACCUGGUAAAAUAAGGGUAAAAUAAAUAAAAAAGUGUAAUUAAUCCAUCAAUUCAUCCAUUCAUUCAUUCGUUCAUUCAUUCUCAAUCAUGCAUUGUAGGCACAGCAACCAUUUAUUUAUUCAUUCAUUCAUUCACGUGUGUGUAUCCUCACUGUGUUUAUGUGUCCACCCCUAGGCCUGCCCCUCUGUCUGAGCAUGCCUUCACCAUCCAGCUCCCAGUAGCAGGCUGUGGGAUCACAGACGGAACCAACUGUCUCAUGUACGGCUGGGGAGAGACCAAAGGUACUGCCCUACAUGACUAUCCCUAUGUUAUGUCUUAUCCCUGUGUGGUGUCUUAUGUAUUAUAUAUAUAUAUAUACACUGAGUGGCCAGUUUAUUAGGUACACCACCCUGUUCACGAAAAUGGUUUGCUCCUACAGACAGUGAGUCACGUGGCUUUGGCUUGCUAUAUAAAGCAGGCAGACAGGCAUCGAAGCAUUCAGUUACUGUUCGAUUGAACAUUAGAAUGGCCAAAAUGAGUGACCUAAGCAACUUUGAGCAUGGUAUGAUUGUCGGUGCCAGGUGUGCCGAUUUCAGUGUCUCAGAAACGGCCGGCCUCCUGGGCUUUUCACACAUGACAGUGUCCAGGGUUUAGCGAGAAUGGUGCGACAAACAAAAUAAUCCAGUCAGCGGCAGUCCUGUGGGCGAAAACAGCUUGUUGAUGAGAGAUCGAAUGAGAAUGGCAAGAAUCAUGCACGCUAACAGGCGGGCCACAAACAGACAAAUAACAGUGCAGUAGAACAGUGGUGUGCAGAACGGCAUCUCGGAAUGCACAACUCGUCGGUCCUUUUCACGGAUGGGCUUAUUGCAGCAGACAACUCCAUUCCUAUCAGCUAAAAACAAGAAGAAGCGUCUCCAGUGGGCACACGAUCACCAAAACUGGACAAUUGAGUAGUGGAAAAACAUUGCCUGGUCCGACGAAUCCAGGUUCCUGUUGCAUCAUGCUGAUGGCAGUCAGGUUUUGGCAUAAGCAGCAUGAGUCCAUGGCCCCAUCCUGCCUGGUGUCAAUGGUACAGGCUGGUGGGGGUAGUGUAAUGGUGUGGAGAACGUAUUCCUGGCACACGUUAGGUCCCUUGAUACCAAUUGAGCAAGGGGGGGGGGGGGGGGGGGGUAUUGGAUCAAGAGAUCCAUGAUAUUGUAGGAAAAGAGACCUUAGGAUAUCAUGUGUUGAAUGUGUGAAUAAAGUCCCCCACAAUGACACCAUAUAGACAAACAUGUUGUCUAGGGCUAUAGGUUUGGAAUAUGGUGAAAUGGUGUUUGAACAGUAGACUGACUGUUUCCUGCUUUAUUUCCGGCUACUUCCUGUCCAGGGACAGGAUAUGAGGGGGCACUGAAAGCUGUGAGUCUGCCCAUGGUCAGUAACAACAGGUGUUCUGAGCUCCACGACAAAAACAUGCCGGUCUCUGACAGCAAAGUGUGUGCCGGGGGCAGUAAAGACCAGGGAGUGUGUGAGGUGAGCUUCAUAUACAUUACUCUACAUCAUCUGAAACAUGCAUUGACUCGACAUCACAUGACUCAAUUAUUACUUCAAGCUAUUCGUAAAUCUAUCAUAAUGCCUUUUGAUUGGCUGCAUAAGCACCACGCUAACCUGCACUUGGUUCGUCCCUCACAGAGAGACUACGGUGGCCCUUUGGUGUGCCAGGAGCGGGAGAGCAAAGUAAUUGUGGGCGUGAGCAUCCACGGCCGAGGCUGUGCCCUGGCCCGGCGGCCCGCCAUCUUCGUCAAUGUGGCCUACUACUCGGGGUGGAUCCACAAAGUCUUCAUACACUACUCCAGGUUGGAGGAAAAACUACUGGAAGAAGCACCGACCAAACCGCUCCAUUCAGGACUGCACCACAAGCCUGCAAGAGGAGGGGUGGAGCAUUCAGGACUGUACCACUAGCCUGCAAGAGGAGGGGUGGAGCAUUCAGGACUGUACUACAGCACUGUAAGAGGAGGGGUGGAAUAUUUAGGACUGUACCACAAGCCGGGAGGAUGGGGAAUGAUCUCUCCAACAGAGGAUGCCUAACUAACAAGACCGUUGGGAGAUGUAAGAAUGUGGAAACUGACUUUAUGGGAAGCAGCCAUUUUGGGGCUUCGUGGCUGGACGUCGCCUCCGUUUUUGGAGGGAAAAAACACCAUGAAUGAAGGAAAGAUAUUUUGGGACGUUCAGAGGCUGGGAAUACAAGGACAUGUUCAGAGAGGCUGAAAAGGAUAUGAAGGAUUUUUAUAAUAUGCAAAUGGUUAAUGCAGGACCAGGUUGUUAUGCCUUGAUCACACCGAUAGCGUCAUUGCGCAAAAUAGUACGCAGCAUCAUCUGGAUUGUGUGCAACAAAAGGUCAACAUUCACCUUCUGCUACCAUUUCUGUCAAGCCGUCUACGCAUACAGUUUGACACAUACGGUCGAUAAAUCCAACAUAUGCACCACACAGAAUGCACUGCAACUGCCUCUGCAACGCAAUGCUGCAAGGCAGACGCAGCAUUCCAUUGGAAAUGAAUGUACUUCUGGUGUACCAAAACGCAUUGACGCUGUCGGUGUGAUUGAGACGUUAGCUUUAAUAACAUUUCUAAACAAUAGUUGCUGGCACAUGGACAGUUCAUUUUUGUGAGUGAAAUAUAUGAAUACUCUUAAGCCAUAAAGAGGGAUGAAUUGAUUCGUUCUCUCACUGCAUCCACAAGACAAUAGGAAUGGUAUGGAUGACUCAGUAUUGUCUCCUGGAAAAUACUUGAAUUUGGUCAGAACCAAAACCAGAGUCAUGCGAGAAGGGAUCCAGACAGGACUUGGUACGAUCCGUGGCUACUGGGUCACGUUGAGGCCACAUGAUGGAAUGGCUAAAAGUUCAGUCAUUUAGAAGUUACCACUUGGUGAAUGGUGAGAGAGGUUGUAACUCUCACCAUUCACCAAGUGGUUGUUUUUGGAAAGACUGUUCAGUAACUGUUGCCUAACUAAUGCUAAUGCUAACAGUUACUUAGCCAAACAUUAGCAGUUAGCCUACAUGGCUAACAUGUCUCCAGUUUUGGAGGGAACUCUACACUAGCCCCUGGUGGGCUGCAUGUGUGUUAUGUGGUCAGAGUUCAGAACAUU